AUGGACAUAGCUGCAGAUCUGAGCAGUCUCAGCUUUGAAAGUGGGCUGACCGAGGACGAGACGGACUUAAUUUAUCUUCGCGCCCGCGCGGCUGGACUGACGUUUUGCGGGUGCGCGCACGCAGCGUUCACGUGCGAGCUCGUCCACUCGCUGAGAUGUGCUAUUAAAAGCCACCGAGAGCCAGCGGCCUCGGCGGAGGACAGGCAGCUCUGUGUGGGGAUCCUCGGGCUGGGUCGCCUGGGGAAACAGCUGCUGCUCGCCCUCCUCAGAAAAACCAGCAUCAAACCAUCACAUAUUAAAAUCUCCACCAGAAGACCAGAAUCAGCAGUGGAGAUUGUCCAGAGAGGAGUUGAAUGUUUCUUCGACAACCGCAGACUGGCGGCGUGGGCAGAUGUUCUGUUCCUCUGCUGUCUGCCUUCUCACCUCCCUGAAGUCAGCGCUGACCUCCACUCUCACCUGUCCAAGCACUGCCUCGUGUACAGCUUCACCUCCGCUGUGCCCGUCACCAGAUUAGCUGUAAUUCUUGGACACGAUUACGUUCUGAAGCCGCAGUAUGACUUCGAGGCUUGUGACGCUGCAGACGUGUGGUCGUCCUGCACCCAGCUGACGACAGCUCUGACAGAUCCUGUGUUCGUAGAGGCGUCGUGUCCUCUUACAAUGAAAGGUGGCCUUUCUCUGGCUCUGAACUGGGCGUGUGCGGUGCUGUACAGCCUGUUAAAUACCUGCACCUCUGCCGGUCUGGGCUCCGGCGAGGCUCUCUCUCUGAUAAACAGCAUGUUUAAGGAGAAAUGGGAAAACGCUGCGCAGUUAAAUCCACAGAGUUUCAUCAGCUCAUCUUAUGCGGCUUCGCUUCUUUCAGACGAGCCUUUUCCCUGGAUUUCUCUCACGGACGCUCAGACCAAGGAGACGCCGCUGCUGCGUUUUUUGUCGAACAGUAAAUCUCUGCAGCAGUGCAUCUCUGCUGCGUAUAAAUCACAUUAUACAGAAACACCCUAAUGGAAAACUCAUAUCUUUACUUUACACAUUCUCUUGAUACUCUGAUACAGCAUACAACACGUGACAUUUAGGCACAUCAUCACUUAACCUUACAUUGAUUGCAUUGCUUCUAUGCUAUUUGCACUUAUUAAAUAAAUUAAAGUGAACCAUUUCUGUAUCCUACAUUAAAAACACCAGCCCUACAAUGGGAACUCAAUGCAGUAAACGUUAGUACACCUUACAUUACUGAGGUUUAAAUCUUCUGGGUUUUUUGUCCAACUUAAUUUUUGAUGAGACUCGAUCCUCCUCAGAUGUUCUUCAGAGAAUUUUCUUUUUUCCAGCUGCUUUUUGCUGGAGGGUUGUAUUUGUCUACCUUUGAAAUACCCCAAAGCUAAUCUCUUGGGUUCAGGUCAGGCGAUGCACUCGGCCAGAUCAUAGUUUUUUCCUUUUCUUUCCUCAGACACUCUUGGGUGAUAUUAUCAGUGCACUUUGCAUCGUUAUCACGCUGGAAUAUUCCUGUUCUGUCGAGCUUCUGCCAGCAUUUUGGUGCCAUCAAUAAAUGUCAUCUCCUCAA